AUGUUGCCAUUCUGGUUGUUCCAGGGUUCCUGUUCUGUGCUGAUAUUUUUUAGUAGUGCGUAUCGAGAGUCACGACGCAUCGUCAUAGGGGGAAGGUUGGUGUGCCCGGCUAGCGUGCUUUUCUGGUGCAGCUCCGAGGAAGGAUCAACAAUUCAUCCCAUCUGUGAGCUCUCGUCCAGUGGGGCGCUACCAUUUUAUAUGACUUUAGCAAGAUAUACAGAGACAACAGUACAGUGCGAGAAGAGUGGUCGGUGUCUCGCGGCGAGGGGUCCCGGCUGCCGGCGAGCGUGCAUGACGCUUCACACACCAAGCAAUACUGCUCGCAGAAGAUCAAAGUUUUGCAGUAACAGGCAUCGGAAGUUGCUGCCAUUGCGGCAGACG